UCCGUCCCGGAGCCAAGCAUCAUCAAAUUCAUUAUCCAUCACCCCUUCUCUGUGUCUCUCUCUCUUCCUCUCUCUCUCCUCCGCUGUCUUUUUAAUGUAACUUCUGACUGAUCGGGAGAGCAGGGAGCGUCUGGAAAGCCUGGUCCGGUGACUCCAUUUCUGGUGAAGGAUCUGCUUGCGCGGCAUUCUCUUAAAAGCUGGACACACAGAACAAAAAGGAUCCGACUGUCUAUUUUGGGAUAACGCUGCUUCUCCUUGUGGAUUUUGGCUCUGUCUUUAUUUCCCCUCUGGAUCUUAUAGUGCAUUAUAACACUCUGAAUGAAGCUGUCUUUUUGGAUUUCGAUCGUGCCAAAGCCGUUUCUGGGUGACUGCUCUUUAAUUACUUGUGAAGUCGCGUGUUAUAAUUUUAUUAUCUUAUGAGCUCUCUUCGUUUUAUUUUGAGCUGUAACUUGUAUUUACAUUUGUCAAACAAUGCCACAGUUUCCUUGAACGUGCAUUAAGUGAUUCAUGCCGACAAAUCGUGUGCGUUAAUUAUCGUGUAAAAAGAGGAAAGUUGGGCGCGCAAAGUUUUGGACACGGUCGAUAUGGCUAUGGUAGCGUGGAGAAACACCGAGGGCGUCGGGGACACUCAAGGGACCCUCUCCUCCCCGGUGUCCCAGGUUGCGCCUCUGUCUCUGACCGGGGACCUGUCGGGACACAUAAACCCGCCGCCCUCUCUAGAAAUUCCCCAGGCGGCAGCAGCAGCACCUCCGGGAGCACCGCCGUCCAACCCGUCCGGCACCGCCGCCGCGACCACCGCCACCAACAAUAACAACAGCACCUCCUCUUCCUCCUCCUCCUCCUCGUCCAUGGACAAGCAGCAGAGCCAGCAGAUCGAGUGCAUCGUCUGCGGAGAUAAAAGCAGCGGCAAGCACUACGGACAGUUCACAUGUGAAGGAUGUAAGAGCUUCUUUAAACGCAGCGUCAGGAGGAACCUGAGCUACACUUGCAGGGCCAACAGAAACUGUCCCGUAGACCAGCACCACCGCAACCAGUGCCAGUACUGUCGCCUCAAGAAAUGCCUCAAAGUCGGCAUGAGGAGGGAAGCUGUACAGAGAGGCAGGAUACCCACCCAGUCCUAUCACGGACAGUUUGCUCUGACAAACGGGGACCCUCUGCAAUGCCAUUCCUACCUAUCGGGCUACAUCUCCCUGCUGCUGCGGGCCGAGCCCUACCCGACUUCCAGGUUCGGCUCUCAGUGCCUGCAAAGCAACAACAUCAUGGGCAUUGAGAACAUCUGUGAGCUGGCGGCUCGGAUGCUGUUCAGCGCCGUGGAGUGGGCCCGAAACAUCCCGUUCUUCCCGGACCUGCAGGUACCGGACCAGGUGGCCCUCCUCCGCCUCACCUGGAGCGAACUGUUCGUCCUGAACGCCGCCCAGUGCUCCAUGCCCGUCCACGUCGCCCCGCUGCUGGCCGCCGCAGGCCUCCAUGCGUCUCCGAUGUCCGCGGACCGGGUGGUGGCCUUCAUGGACCACAUCCGGGUCUUCCAGGAGCAGGUGGAGAAGCUGAAGGUGCUGCACGUGGAUUCCGCAGAGUACAGCUGCAUCAAGGCCAUCGUGCUGUUCACCACAGAUGCUUGUGGCCUGUCGGACGUGGCCCAUGUGGAGGGUCUCCAGGAGAAAUCGCAGUGUGCGUUAGAGGAGUAUGUGAGGAGCCAGUAUCCCAACCAGCCUAACAGGUUUGGGAAGCUGCUGCUUCGAUUGCCUUCCCUCCGCACCGUCUCCUCCUCUGUCAUAGAGCAGCUUUUCUUCGUGCGUCUGGUGGGGAAAACCCCCAUAGAAACUCUGAUAAGGGACAUGCUGCUGUCUGGUAGCAGCUUCAACUGGCCCUACAUGCCUAUUCAAUAGAGGAAAAAAGCUGCUGUGGUGCUGCUAAGGUCAGGAAAGGUCCCACACCUCAAACCAAGUCAUUUCAGAUCGUGCAGUGUAAAAACUCUGUUGAUCCAAACAAGGGAAAAAAAAACUGCCAGUGGAAUGAGAUUAUUAAAGGCAUUUUAAAUGUAAAAAAAUUAUUUAAGUUACCGUUUUUUUCUUGAUACCAGAGAAAUGAUCCACAUUAUUCAGCAUUGCGUGCCUAUGUUUCUGCAAAGGCCCCUGAAACAAAUGAGCUAUGAUGACAACAUAAAAUGGUCUGACCCCACUGGUAGGAUUUUUUACUUGUUCGACGAGGAACAAUAUUUCCUGAAAUGACUGGUUGUGAUGGACAUUUUUUUUGCAGUGUGGUGACCUCUCACAGUCUAUGGUUUUUGGGAUAACAAACGAUAUUUAUUGGACCUGUGUGUAUAUUUAUCGUGCUUGUAAAUUAUGUUUUGGAUCCCUCUUCUUAAUGUUUUACAUAUUUUUGCCCCGGCUAGUGAGAAAACCGCAGGGAUUGUCUUGUGUUGAUCUGUUUUUGGUUUUUUUUUCUGUUGUUGUUGUUGUUUUCAUACCUUCCAGACAUAGCACUUUGGACUAAAGAAGCAUUUGAGAACGAUUUAACACAAGUGUUUGAAACCCAACAUCACCUGACUUCAGCCUAUUUGCUCAGUUGCGUACAGACCGAAAAUUGAGAUUAUUACUCUGUUUUAGUUACUUUGGAUUCUUAUUCUGUUUUUUACUAUCAACAAAUGAAAAAUGAGAACAGCAAAAAAUAUUUGGAAACAGCACUUCUCAUUGUAAGUGUUAGGUCACACCAAGUAAUGCAUUAUUUGUUAAUCAUUUCAUAAGUAAUAUCACUACUUUUUUACUUCCAUAGUCCCUUAAAUGAAUUAGUGAAUAUAUCUUCGCAGAUAAAAUGAUUUUCCUCUUGCCAUAAUGUUCAAUUUCUACUCUCUUUGCCUUUGAAAACAACACAACAUUUUCAAGCAGUUUUUUUCUUAUGAGAUUUGUGAAUUUUGACAGUGUUUUGUUAUUUCUCAUCUAAACUGCUGGCUAAUUGCGGUGACAGUGAGUGAGGCUGAAUGUUAGGCAGCUGUACAUUAUUCUGAGGAGUUAAACUAAGAAAUCUUAUUCCCCACGACAGGUAACUUCUCACAGACAAAAGUGUUGACAUUACGAGAUUAAUGACAAAUGCAUUACCAAAUACUUCCAAUUCAUUUACUUCUGCAGGACUUGUACACUGACUUCCUCAGACAGACUUUAAAUAGCACUGGCUCCGACAGAUAGCUACAAUUUCUUAAUGGGAUACCAAUUUCCCAGACCAAGAAGCAAAUCUAUUUGAUUAUAACUCAUGCAUUGAUGAGCCCAGGCCACUAAAUGGCACAACAGACCACUGCAGGGUAUUGCUGAAUUGAGAGUGUAAGUGUAUGUGUGCGUGCGUGUGUUUCAGUGAGUGUGUGUAUUUGUGUUUACUUCUUUUUGACAACCACUCUGAUGUACUGUGAAAGCAUAUUGGUUAACAUAUUGGUACCGUAUUAAAUUAUAACUCAAGAUUUAUAAAUAAAGUGUAUUUGGUUUAUUUCGCCA